CUGUAGUUGUGGGAGACACUUUAAUUGUGGGUAGGUGAGGGACCGGCAUGAAGGUGCUUCGGUAUAAGGAUUAGGCACUUACCGGGUAUUAGGUAAUGCCAAGUUACAUCAGGUACCUUGCUGUCCAACCGCGACCGAUCUCCCGUCCUUCAGUCCAUCGUUUUUGGACAGGCACGACAUCGGUCCAUAGGUACCCACACCGUUCCACCACUCUUCUGACGCCUCGUCGUCUAAUAUCCUGCACUUUUCCUCUUCGCUAUAGCUUCAGAUACUUGCCCUCUCCUUUCUACGGCCCCCUGUCCCCCCAGAAUGACCCCAGUUUAAUACCUGCGUACCUCGUUAUCGUUUACUUCUUCUUUCACUCCUUCACAUCUUUCUCUGGUAGAAGUUGCAGUGGCCAAUGGCUGCGUUUGACCGUACGCGACGCGUUGGUUAUCCCGGCUCGACUCGAGAACAUGCCCUCCCGUAAUGCCCAACCGAAGCCGAAGCCUCCGGUGUCAGAGUAUAAGGCGAUCGCGGCUCAAUGGGCCCGCGCCGAGAAAUUGAAGAAGCUAGAGACCGAGAAGGCUGCCGCAAUCAAAACUUCUCCGGCCAACCAAGCGAAGCGCACCGCUCUCGAAACCCGCCGAAAGGCAGCCUUCGAGGGCCGUUUUCUCUGGACUGUAGGCUUCUGGUCCUGGCUCUUAUGUAUGCACCUCGUCGGCAUACUCCUCUUCACCAGCGGGUUUCUCUUGACCCGAUUGGUCUUGAAUGACCGAUCAGAAUGCGACAGCCCACCCAUCGAACCGCUGCUGAAAUGGCAGGGGAGUGGCACGGUAGGCGGCGGCUGCUGGCACCCCAGGACAUUUGACAAGGUCGUCGUUGUCCUGAUAGAUGCCUUGCGGUACGAUUUCACCAUCCCGGUCCCGGACGAGGGCCAGGCUGAGGUGUAUCAUAACGCAUUCCCUUUCCUCUACGAGACCGCAAUUCAGUCUCCCGAGAACGCCUUCUUACGGCCCUUUAUCGCCGACCCCCCCACUGCGACUCUGCAGAGGCUGAAGGGCCUGACGACAGGGACCUUGCCUACUUUCGUUGAUAUAGGGUCCAGCUUUGCGGGAACAGCUAUAGACGAGGACAAUUUAUUAAUGCAAUGGAGGGCACAAGGGAAGCGCAUCGUUCACCUGGGCGACGAUACUUGGACCACCUUGUUUCCCGAUUAUUUCCAACCGAAUAUAAGUAGAGCGUACGAUAGCUUUAAUGUCUGGGAUCUGCAUACGGUCGAUAACGGGGUCUUAGACCACAUAUUCCCGUUGCUAAAGUCUGAGCAUGCGCAUCAGUGGGACGUGCUCAUUGGACAUUUCCUUGGUGUGGACCACGCGGGUCAUCGAUAUGGACCCAAUCAUCCUGCGAUGGCCGCCAAGCUCCGCCAGAUGGAUUCCUUCAUCCGAGACCUCGUCAAGGAGAUCGACGAUAAGACGCUCUUGGUCGUCAUGGGAGAUCACGGGAUGGAUGGCAAGGGCGAUCACGGCGGCGAAAGCGACGAUGAGGUUGAGGCUGCGCUGUGGAUGUACUCGAGUGCCCCUGUUUUUGGCCGCGCGCGGCCUGAGUUCGUGACGCCGCCGGCGACCGCGAAGAUCCGUCCGACUAACCAAAUUGAUCUGGUGCCGACUUUGGCGCUGCUUUUGGGCAUUCCGAUACCAUUCAACAACCUUGGUCGGCCCAUCGAGGAAGCGUUUAUCGGCCGCAAGGGGGACGCCUGGGAUAACCUCGCCGCAGCCUCCAGUGUGACAUCCGCGGGGAUAAGGAGAUACCAAGCGUCGUAUUUCAAGGCUCGAGGCAUCGAACAAAGCCUAAAACCCGGGUCCCCGGCAUCUCUCUGGCAUGCCGCCGAAGCCCUCGUCGAGGGAAACGCCAAGUCCAGACCGUGGGAGGCUCUGUAUAAGGCCUAUACGACCUACCAAGAGGAGACCCUGAGGAUCUGCAAGGACCUCUGGGCGAGGUUUGAUAUCCCAAACAUGGUACUAGGCAUCGCAGUCAUGGCUUUUGGCGUAGUCGUGUUGUUGCUAUACGUCUCAAGAGAUGAAGACGAGGACUUUGCCGUCCUAGACGAUGCCGAGUUAGAUUUCGCCGAGGAGAGCCUAGAACUACAGGGUUCGUCGGCGGAGCCUGAUGCUGCGUCUUACAAGAGUUUGAGCAAAUCUCUCGUCACGUCGGGCUUCCUAGGUGGCAUAUCGACGGGGGCCCUGAGUUCCGUGCUUGUGGUAGCCACCGGGUCCGAUCGGUGGAUCCUGGCUGCCGGCACCACGGCCGUCGGGAGCAUGGCGACUGUGAUCGGCGCUCUGCUCAAGCUGCGGGGAAUUCGUAUACUGAACCUCGUCCCGAACACCUUUUGGGGGUGGCUAUCUGUCGUUUUCACACUGAGCCAAUCUAUCGGCUUCGCUUCGAAUUCGUACACCAUCUGGGAGGACUCGAUCUCACUGUUUUUCCUAUCGACGUUUGGGCUAGUGAGUGCCGUGGCUGCUCUCCAACGACCUAUCAUCCGUGACCAAACCCUUGGCGUCUACCACUCGGUCUUGUUUGUUGUCCUUGGACGGUUGGCUUCAUUUUCGAAGCUCUGUAGAGAAGAACAAAUGCCCUACUGUACCUCUACAUAUUAUGCAUCUGCCAAUUCGUCAACCCCGGCUCCCUGGCAAUUGGCUAUUCCCUUCGCGGUCUUCCUCGUUAUACCGCCUAUCAUCCAUUCCUUCUUGAAGCCCUCGCGCUCAUACGAAGGUCUUGCGCCCUUGUGGAUCGGCUACGUUUUCCGGAUUGUUCUCUUCCUCACGGCCGUCUACUGGACUAUCGAUACCGCAGACAGCGCCGACUGGCUGACCGCGGUCUCAGAAAAGACCUUGAAGACUAUACACGUCUCUAUCGCCCAGAUAACCCUGGGACUGGCCUUGGUGGCCGGUACUACGGCCUUUGCCUGGGCGCCUCCCUGUACGAGACUUGAGAUCUUCCCGGGAUCAGCCAAAGGUUCGACAAUACGAGCCAUCCUCGGUUACGGCAACGCGAACGGCGCCCGUUACCUUCUCCUACCCAUCAACAUAGCGGGUGCGUGCAUCCUGCUCUCCAAGCCGAUGGGCGGGGGUGCCAUCGCGCUCAUGCUGUGGCAGAUCCUGUCGCUCGCCGAGAUCGUCGACAUCAACGAGAUCUCGGCCGAGACGGUCGGCCCCGUGACGCUGGCGUUGCUAGGAAACUUCCACUUCUUCAAGACGGGCCACCAGGCGGUGCUGUCGUCGCUCCAGUGGGAUAGCGCGUUCAUCCCGCUGAUGACGAUCCGGUACCCGUGGAGCCCCCUCACGGUGGCGCUCAAUACGUUCGCGGGCCAGAUCCUGGCGUGCGCGGCGGUGCCGCUGCUGGUGCUGUGGAAUACGGGGCCGAAGCGCAAGGGGGUGCUCGAGAGCGUGAGCCGGGCGCUCGGCGCGUUCGUCGCGCACUAUGCCGUCGAGAGCCUCGCGACGAUGGCGUGGGCGGGCCACCUGCGCCGGCACCUCAUGCUGUACCGCGUCUUCAGCCCGCGGUACAUGAUGGCGGCCGCGGUCUUGCUGACGGUCGACCUCGUCGGCAUCGUGGUCUCGCUGCUCGGCGUUAGAACAAAUGUCCUGGCUGUCAGCGAUGCCUUUGGAUUCGCGGAUUAGGAAAGAGGGGCGAGGAGAUUGGCGAGGGGUGAAAGGGGGGUUAGGGAGUCGAGGUAACUCGGGUUGUAGAUACGAAGACGGGCGACUUGCGGCUCGUAAGGGGAGCGUAGAUGUACAGGAGCGAAAUAUAGAAAUGCACUAGAAAGGCGGCUAUUGUGUCUGUAAAUAGAGACGAGCUUGUAUAUCAGAGAGAGGGAGAGAGAUGAAGAGAGGAAGACUCAGCCCCUGUAUAUCCUCCCACGCGUGCUCCCCUACCUAUAGACGACAACGCAGAGCAGCGCAGGGUUUGGCGAUCUACCUACCUAGUUGGAUGGAUGGAUGGAUGGAUGGCUAGCUAGCAAACGCGUAUCCAUUUUUAUUCCCCGCCGGACCC